UUUCAGGAGUCAGGAAUUGCAUCUGAGUUCAUUGUCACUUGUCAAAGAAGAACUACGACAGCUUUCUUGUUUGGCAUCUUUGAGGUUCCUUCUCCUUUACUUGGAAGACUCUGUUAGUGAUGGACCCGUACAUGAUCCAGAUGAACGGCAACAGCAACCUCCCCUCCGUUCUGGAUGUUCAUGUUAACAUCGGUGGGAAAAACUCCAAGCAGGAAAAAGGGAAAGGCAGGAAGGCCAGGUGGUCUGUGAGGCCCUCGGACAUGGCCAACAAUACUUUCAAUCCCAUCCGGACCAUCGUGGACAACAUGAAGGUGAAGCCAAACCCAGACAAAACCAUGAUUGCUCUGUCAAUUGGGGACCCUACUGUGUUUGGAAACCUGCCUACAGACCCGGAAGUUACCCAAGCAAUGAAAGAUGCCCUGGACUCCGGAAAGUAUAAUGGCUAUGCUCCUUCCAUUGGUUACCUAUCCAGUCGGGAAGAGAUUGCUUCUUAUUACCACUGUCCUGAGGCACCCCUGGAGGCUAAGGAUGUCAUUCUGACAAGUGGCUGCAGUCAGGCUAUUGAACUUUGUUUAGCUGUGUUGGCCAACCCAGGGCAAAACAUCCUAGUUCCAAGACCCGGCUUUUCUCUAUAUAGGACUUUGGCUGAAUCUAUGGGGAUUGAGGUUAAACUCUACAACUUAUUGCCAGAGAAGUCUUGGGAAAUUGACCUGAAACAAUUAGAAUCUCUGAUUGAUGAAAAGACAGCUUGUCUCAUUGUCAACAACCCAUCAAAUCCCUGUGGGUCAGUGUUUAGUAAAAAUCAUCUCCAGAAGAUUCUGGCCGUGGCUGCAAGGCAGUGUGUCCCCAUCUUAGCUGAUGAGAUCUAUGGAGACAUGGUGUUUUCAGAUUCCAAAUUUGAGCCUCUGGCCACCCUCAGCAGCAACGUCCCCAUCCUUUCCUGUGGAGGGCUGGCCAAGCGCUGGCUGGUUCCCGGCUGGAGAUUGGGCUGGAUCCUCAUCCAUGACCGAAAAGAUAUUUUUGGCAAUGAGAUCCGAGAUGGACUGGUAAAGCUGAGUCAGCGGAUCCUGGGACCCUGCACCAUUGUCCAGGGAGCUCUGAAAAGCAUCCUGCAUCGCACCCCUCAAGAGUUCUACCACAACACUCUAAGCUUCCUCAAGUCCAAUGCGGAUCUGUGCUAUGGGGCAUUGGCUGCCAUCCCUGGACUCCGGCCAGUCCGCCCGUCUGGGGCCAUGUACCUCAUGGUUGAAAUUGAGAUGGAACAUUUCCCAGAAUUUGAGAAUGAUGUGGAGUUCACGGAACGGUUAGUUGCCGAGCAAUCUGUCCACUGCCUCCCGGCAACGUGCUUCGAGUACCCGAAUUUCUUCCGAGUGGUCAUCACAGUCCCCGAAGUGAUGAUGCUGGAGGCCUGCAGCCGGAUCCAGGAGUUCUGUGAGAAGCACUACCACUGUGCUGAGGGGAGUCAGGAGGAGUGCGACAAAUAGGCCUGAGUCCAUGCGCCAGGAGGGCUGGCCUGCACCCUGCUGCUCCUCAAGGCUUCAGGCGCCCCUCCUGGGAGAGCGGCCUCAGAAACAUAGCGAGGGUUCACAAUUGUCCCUGCUUUUCCCCAGCCAAGUCCAUAAUGCUGAGCUUAGAUCAUGUCAGGGGAACAAUUGAGAACAAGGUCAAGGUAAUUCUUUGACACACUCUGAAUCCUGGAUUUUCCUCUCACUCUGCUCUGUGGGAGUGACUUACUAAUUCAUUAAUUUGUACCCCUCCCAGAUGACUUCCUCCUUUCUGUUUGCCUGAGAGUACCAGGUGAACAAAGUUUACCAGAAAAAGAGACAGUUGAGACAAGAAAAUUAAGAGCUCAGGAUGAGAGAAACAAAAGAUUGAGAGAACUUGUGCUCCCAACCAUGUCCUCAUACUAUAAGGACACACACUCUCUAGCCAGAUCUGAAACCCGACUCUGCUACUGCCUCACUUCCAGGUAUACCUCACUGUAUGCAACCAAGCUAUAAUGAAAGAAGUUGGGGACACAUGUAUUUGGUUAAUUAUAUUCUAAAUGCAUAGGAAAAUUUGUUAAUUUGAAGGAUCCCUUAUAAAAAUCCUGUAGUUGAUUUUUAUUUUUUGGUGAAGAAUUAUUUUGUGAUGCAAAUAAAUAUCCUUUAAUUGAUUGUCUUUCUAAGUUUAGAUAUGGUGUAUCAAGCUAUCUUAAAAUGUAACUAAAAAAAGGAGAAUUUAUAGGACCUUCCAGAAACACUGCUCUGUAAGGGCCACAAAUAUUCUCACUUGUCAUUGUUAUAGAAUCAUUAUUACUUUUGCUGUAAUGUUAUUAUUGAUAUAUAUAUUUUAUAUUAUCUUUUCAUAUGUUUUCUAAGAAACAUUUAUAUUGAUAAGAUCCUUUGUUUUGCCAAAGGCAUAAAUUAUUGUUUUUCUUUUUUUUAAAAAAUAAAUUUUACUAAGUAUGCUC